GGAAGACGAAUCACAUCAGGUUUAUUAAAAUUCUAGUCGUCGCUAAAGAUGUCUGACAAUGCGGAUUCACCAACAGAGACCCCGAAAGAGGAGCUACAUUCACCUCCCGAAGACUCGACGACUAACGAAGAGAAAAAAAAGAUUGAUGUCCUGCUGAAGGCAGUUGGGGACACCCCCAUUAUGAAAACCAAGAAAUGGACCGUGGAAAGGAGCAGGACGGUGCAGUCGCUUUCUCAGUUUAUCGCUCGCUUCCUCAAGAUGGAUGCCAAUGAACAACUGUUCAUCUACGUUAACCAGUCAUUUGCGCCCUCACCGGACCAAGAAGUGGGGAUCCUCUUUGAUUGUUUUGGAAGUGACAGCAAACUGGUUCUGCAUUAUUGUAAAUCUCAAGCUUGGGGUUGAUUUCCAUUUUGGCUCUGAUUUGUCCAUUUUAAAAGAGAUUAUAUGAGUUUAUCAACAUUAUUUUCUACAAAUCAAAACAAUUGAAAGCAGACUUAACUAUUUGUGUACAGUUAUGUUACUAAAAUGCCUGAAAUGUGUUCUAAAUAGAUGGUGAAAAUGCUCCUUUAACAUCAGCGCUAACACAUUUAUUUCAUGUACAUAUUGUAAAUAAAUGAUCAACAAUA